UGUUUACAAAUUUACAUAUACAGGCCUUACAAAUUUCAAAUUGCCUAGGAUUUGGCAAAGUCGCGCUCUGACCGGACCUCCUUCCGGCGUAGCUCAGUUUAGGUUUACUAACUGAUCAAGAUUCAAGGUUUGGCGAAUUUGGAAAGUACCGGAAAACGGAGGAGGUAAAACUAUCAUAAAGUACAUCUUAAAACUAAUUUGAGCCGAAUUGUUUUCAAGUCGCUACUUCGUUUCUGGUUCGAGUUUCUUUGAGUUCAAUUUUUCUGUUGAACUCCAUGUGAUUCUUUGUGCAACUUUGAGUGUUAUUGAGCUAUUUCAGGUAUGGUUUAGUCAUUGCUUCGCCUAUUUGUUUCCCUUUCAAAUUAAAUAAUUUUUUACAAGAAUCGUGAAUUUGAGUGGAUGGGUGAACAAUUCGCAGGUUCUGAAGUUCAUGAUACUCCUAUAGAAUUUGCAAUAGAAAUAAUGAAAAAUAUACUCCGUAUUAUUUAUUGACCAUUUUACUAAGAAUAUUAGGGAUGCGUUCUUUCCAGUAGAGCAUUCAUCAUGGAGUGGUCGUGGGUAAAAAAAAUACAAAUAAAUGAUAAAUUAGGUGAAGAGUUUUAUAAAUGCAAAGUAUUUUACCGUUUCUUGCUUUUCAAUGAGCUGUUUCAUCAACUGGAAUGAGCGUAUUCCUAAAAAGUUAUGAUCUGUAUAGUAAUAUUUUGGGAAAGCCCCCUCCAAAAUAAUUACCUGUAGCAGGCAUCUCGGUUGAUUAUCUUUUUAUUUGAGGCAUUAAUGUUCCAGCAUUAUGUAUGUUUAUACUUUAUAUACUUUUGACUAUUUUAGAAAUGACUUUUUAGCUAUGUUUGAACUCAGAAAAUUGUUGAGUUUCCGAAAUGAAGAUUAUUAAAUGCAUUCCUUUAGUAGUUCCAAAAUAGGAAGCUAUAAAAACUGUUUUGGGCUUUCUCCUUUAUGUCGGUAUGAUUCACAUCUUUUUUACAUUUAAGGAAACCACAAGGUAUCAGAAACAGUAAAAACUAUUCUCAGCUGUGCCUGUGCAGCUACGCGAAAUGUUGCAGAAAUUAGUAACUUGCAACAACAAAUAAAUCUACCUAAAGAAAAUCAGAAAGGUGUUGCAAUGGAGAUGCAACAGAUCAUUGAAAAAUAUGAAAUGGGAAAUAAGGCAUUGACGAAUGCUCUACUAGAAAGAGUUAAACUUAUUGAAAUGACUGGAAACGAAAUACAGAGACUGAGGGCUUAUCUGCAGAAAAUGCAGCACCAGAACCUUCAACUAGCACAAUCAAAUACACAGAAGCUUGCAGAACUAAAAUUAUGCAGACAGCAGAUGAAAACAUUACAACACGACCUUGGAUGCAAAAAUGGAAUGCUCAAGGCUAUGAAGUUAGAAGCUGAGCCUAAGAAAGUAACCCCACAUAGAGAGAUAUUCCUAAAUACAAUACCUGAGGCGCAACCUAUUAGAAUGGAGGAGGAGGACAUAGUGGAUGACUUAAAUGGAGAUGCAGAUAAAGAUUAUAGUGGGUUUCAAAAGUCUAAAAGGAGAAGACAGUCAAAGAGUUCAGCACCAUCCAAUCAUCAAGUUCAGCCACGUGUCAACACCGAUAUAAAAAGGCUUUCAGUAAGAAAGCUAUCUGGUAGGCUUAAGCAUGAAGAAAUCAAAGAGGAAGAAGAAUGGUUUCAGAUAGAUGAUGAUGAUGAUACUCAGUUGUCAGUUCAUCCUAAAAGUGAUUAUAAUCCUGUCCUGGAAAAUGUUGAAAAAGAUCCCUUUCAAAAUGAAGCGAAGGAUUUGAUGCUAUCAUCUCUAAGUCGACCCUCAAGGCAAGCAGCAAAGAAAGUCCAAUCAUACACGGAAAUCCCUUUAAAUGCUAAAAUGCUAAGCGAGCGAUGAACACAGCUGUUUUAGUUAUCUCAAGUAGAUUUCAUUCCAUUUGUUGUAUUAUUAUAUUAACAAACUGGUUAGAAGCCUAGAAUCUGGGGAGAAAAACUUUGAUUACUACUCAAAAUUCCUGGAGAAAUUUCAAUCUUGCAAUUAUUUUAAAUCCAGAAAUUGGAGGCUUUAAUUAAUUGUA